AUGGACGUUCUGUGUAGUCUCUGCAUACUCAGUCUGAUUCACGUGGCCAGUUCCAAACCACUAAUGAUCCUUUAUCUGGACGGUUUCCGAUGGGACUACUUAGACAUUCACGGCGAAGGCUUGCGAGGCUUUCCACAACUUCAGAGGAUGGGAGUUCAAGCCCGGCACGUGAUGGUGGACUUUCCUACACUAUCUCUCCCAAACCAGUACACCUUUAUGACAGGUCUGUACAAUGAAUAUCACGGCAUGGUGUCGGACAGUAUGUAUGACCCUGAUAUGACAUCACAAUACUUCCCCAUGGAUGUGGAGCCUGAUCCUCUGUGGUGGCGAGACGCUGAACCGCUGUGGAUAGCUGCCGAGAAACAGAACAAAACAUCUUACUUCUAUCACUGGCCUUAUUGUAAUGUUAUUAACCAUCGCGUCAAGGCUACGCACUGUAAACUCACCACAGGCAUCACGACGGCAAAGAAAGUUUUAAAUGCUGCAGAGGCUGGUUUAUCGCUGCUGGCAAACUCCACAGCUGAACUAAUAGGAAUUUUCGUGGAUGUGGGCGAUAGCAGGGCACAUCGGUAUGGUACGAAUAGCACUGAAGUUAAAUCUGUCAUCAGGAACAUUGACAAUACUAUCAACAAGAUACUUGAGAUGAUGAGGGUUCAGGGCUUGACGGAGAAGGUAACACUGAUGGUUGUCUCCGGACAUGGCAUUACGGACGUCUCCAGAAAGAGAAUCAUUCGCAUCAAGAAUUUCGUGGACACAGCGGAUGUAGAUAUCUUCAUCGGUAGAGGCGCUUUUCUCUCUGUCUGGCCCAAACCUGAGAAAAUGAACAAGGUUUACAACUUACUUCGAGGUGCUCAUGUGAACUUGACGACUUACCGGAAGGAGGACACGCCUGAGAACUGGCAUUUCCGUCACCAUCCCAGAAUUCCCCCCAUAGUAGUUGUUGCUGAAAAGGGUUGGACCAUCUUAAAGAAGCGUAGUGAGGAGUUGGGUAACCAUGGAUACGACAAUAAUCUACCAGACAUGCGCGGAUUCUUUCUUGUAGCUGGUCCAGAUUUUAAGUCGUCGUAUGUCUCGGAUCCAAUCGAAUUGGUGGAUGUGUAUCAGGUGAUAUGCAAAGUACUGGGCAUGGCGUCAUCUCCACAUAAUGGCACGUGGGCAAGGGUCAGGGGGAUCUUCAAGUCGUCAUCAGACAAAUCCGCGGCUGGAUUACCCACUCUCAACUUAACCAUAGUAGGCCUAUGUGUGUCUCUUAUUUUCCGUAAUGAAUAA